AGCGAAAAGAAAUCAACUGGUUUUUACUAGCUCGUCAAAAAGAUAUUGGAUAUUGGAUGCAAGAAAUGCGUUGUAUCCCCUCUCUUUGUAUUCUAGCGCAGUUUAUGGUUUGUGAGGUCACGGGAUGAUUUUACUCUUAGUUCUAAAUUGUUUGCUACCUUUAUCGUACGGCUUUGUUAAUAGACACUUUCCGGUAUUAACAAAUGAAAAUUCAGGUUUCAAGUAUGAAACAAAAUACUUUUGGACUAGGGUUGACCAUUUUUCUUUCGUGAAUGAAGACAAAUUCCUUAUCAAGUACCUCAUUAACAACGAAUCGUUCUCUCCGGGUGGCCCAAUUUUUUUUUACACGGGGAACGAAGGUGCUAUAGAAACAUUUGCAGAGAACUCUGGCUUUAUUUGGGAGCUUUCUCGUGAACUCAAUGCUUCUGUCAUCUUCGCCGAACAUCGCUACUACGGGACGUCUCUGCCAUUCGGGAAUAAUUCUUUCACAGACCGUCAGCACUUUGGUUACUUAACUGCUGAACAAGCACUGGCUGAUUAUGUGCUUCUAAUCAAUCAAUUAAAAGUUAAUCACUCAUGCUUCGCUUCAUCACCUGUAAUCGCUUUCGGAGGAUCCUAUGGUGGUAUGCUCUCUGCCUGGAUCAGACAAAAGUAUCCUAAUCAAAUCGCCGGUGCUAUAGCUUCUUCUGCACCAGUAUGGCUGUUUCCAGGUUUAUCUGACUGCAAUGGUUUUAGUAUGGUGGCAACAAACAGCUUUUUAAAAUAUGGUGGCGAAAACUGCGUUAAAAAUAUACAAAGUUCCUGGAGUAAUAUUGUGGACAUAGGCCAAAGUGCUGAUGGGAAAGAGUUAUUAACUCAUAUGUUUAACAUUUGUACACCAUUAACUGACGUUCAGAAUAUCAUAGAUUACUUGUCCGAUUAUUUGGGUACAAUAUCUAUGGUCAACUAUCCUUAUCCAGCUAACUUUCUGGGUGCUUUACCUGCAUGGCCAGUCAAGUAUUUGUGUAGCAGUUUAUCUGAAUACAAUCCUCAACAACCUCCAGUAACUAGAAUUUCUCUAUUAGCCAAGGCUAUACUAACAUUGACGAAUUACACAGGAAAUCAAUCAUGUUUAGAUAUUUCAAUGAAUUUACCUGGCCUUGAUGCUUCUGGAUGGGAUAUACAAACUUGCAUGGAGAUGACAACACCUAUGUGUGCAUCUGGACCGGUGAACAUUAUGCCACUAGUAAAUUGGGAUCUCAAAGCCUACUCAGCCUAUUGUCAAAACCGAUUUGGUGUACGCCCGCGUGUUGAAUGGCCAAAAGUUCAAUUUUGGAGUAAAUCAGUAGAUACUGUUACCAAUAUAGUUUUCAGCAAUGGUGAAAUUGAUCCAUGGUCAGCAUUAUCAAUUACAAAUAAUAGUUAUGUACCAUUUGCUACAGUAAUUAAUAUCUCUGAUGCUGCACAUCAUUUAGAUUUACGAACACCUAAUUCAGCUGAUCCUGAAAGUGUAAUAAAAGCAAGAGAAAUUGAAAAACAAAAAAUUAUUCAAUGGAUAAAACAAUGGAAAUUAAAAUAUAAAUUAUUAAAUAUUUUCAAUGGAUUUGUAUCAUUCAUUUCUUUGCUAAAUCAUCUUGCUUAAUUUUUAAAUGACAUAAUUGAUUCUUUGUUUUGCUUUAUUUUUAUGUAAUUUGCAUAAUAAUAAUAAUAAUAAUAAUAAUAAUGUUCGUUAUUUAAAA